CUGAUGUCUGUUCUCGGGAGGGUACAAAUCGUCUGAAACAGCACGCUCGAUUUCGCAGUCGCAUUCUGCGGAUUGCAAUGCGCUGCUACUGAUUGAAGUGCAGGGCGCGGCCAUACUUCCAUAUUGGUACGUGCAUUUGGUCGCUCUGCUUCCAGGCUGCCGUGCUCUGAUGGGCGGCAAGUUGAACGAGCAAUAACUUUGGCAACCUUGCAUUGCUUCACGGGAAACUGUGCAGUUGCUCUUGUUGUGCCGAUUUGCUUGCGGAGUACACCGUAUUUCGUCGCCACACUCGGUAAGACACCGACCAUGAAUUACGAUCAGGCAUUUCAGGAUAAGGUUGUGAAGUUGAUCCACGUUCGUGACACUGAUCUUGCACGUAACAGUUGUUGGUGGUGCCGUCUCGCAGAGAAGGCUAUGUCAAACGAUUGCAGUACCUUCGACAGUGCACGCCUCUUGCGAACUAGCUGCGCAUGAUGACAGUGACAAAAGGCCGAGUGGCAAGGCACUGUACUGUGUCUGAUGACUGUUCUCGGGAGGGUACAUAUCGUCUGAGACAGCACGCUCGAGCUAACAGGUGUCGUCUAUGGAAGUGGCGGCAUGUGUGUUCAGCGACGCGCUGGUGCACCGUUGUCGAUUGCAGGACGGAUUCCGUCCUAUACCGCGAGUGGGCCGGGAGCUACUCGGAGAAAAGAUUUUCCAGCUGUAGGCGGGUCAUCGCCAUCGUGAGCGAUGACAACGGGCUAGAAAUAGAAGUCAGGGGGAACGACGGCUUCGGCCCCAACGGCGAGCCAGGCUGCGACAAGAAGGACGCCAACGGUGGGAACGUCACGAAGUGGACUGCCAAGGCUUUUGUGAAGGACAAGUACUCUGACGAGAUUACUGCAGACUUCACCCCUAGACGCGGCCUCAGCAGCAACUCGGGCGAGGUGACUGGAAAGUUUGAUGGAAGCGCCAUCGACUGGUCGGACGGCACACAGUGGAGAUCAAGAACAGCGGAUUCGGCGGAGAGAGAACCGCCUGGGAGAAAGAGAAGACGCGGGAGAAGAUGAGGAGGAUCGCGCAGGAGGUGCAGAAGCUGCGCGCCCAGCGCGACGGGGUCGCUGCCCCCGUCGGCGACGGCUGAGCUCGCGGGGGCACCGUGCGCUCGCCCGCGCUCCUGGCGUUUUCUCUCUCUCUCUCUCUCUCGCUCUGUCUGCGUGCUCGGCGUUACCCCAGCACCCUGCCCCUGCCCUCGCGCGCGCGCGCUCCGUCUGGGCGAUCGGGGUCGUGCGGGCCUCUAGACUGAGCCUCGUCACGGACUGGAGCGAAA